AACCCUGCGCUCCCGGAUGUGACGUCAACGUUCUUGUCUUCUGUUCUUCCGUCUGUCGACCUAAGUCUAGGCUCCUAGAUUUGGUUGCUGUGUACGUGGAAGAAGCAGGCGCAUGCGCAUACGGGCCCCUUCGUCUCAGCUGUGCGGGAACGGCCGAGGUUAACAUCCCGGGCUCGCGGGAGGCUGUCGGGGUCAUGGCCACACGCUGACAGAACCAGCCGAGUGGAAAAGGGGAGGGAAGCCGUUCCUCUGCACCCUUCCCCAGGCCUGAGGCCUUCCCGCUUGGUGCUGCCGCCGCCACUGCCGGCUGAGGGGCGAUGAGUUGGUUCAACGCCUCCCAGCUCUCCAGCUUCGCUAAGCAGGCCCUGUCCCAGGCCCAGAAGUCCAUCGACAGGGUUCUGGACAUCCAGGAAGAGGAGCCGAGCAUCUGGGCCGAGACCAUUCCGUAUGGAGAGCCGGGAAUAAGUUCCCCUGUCAGUGGAGGAUGGGAUACUUCAACCUGGGGGUUGAAAUCAAACACUGAACCUCAGAGUCCACCAAUAGCCUCUCCUAAAGCAAUCACAAAGCCAGUUCGGAGGACUGUGGUUGAUGAAUCUGAAAAUUUCUUCAGUGCCUUUCUCUUGCCAACUGACGUCAAGACCAUUCAGAAGAGUCCAGUGGUAUCAAAACCUCCAGCAAAAUCACAACGACCAGAAGAAGAAGUGAAAAGCAGCUUACAUGAAUCCUUGCACAUUGGACAGUCAAGAACACCUGAAACAACUGAAUCACAAGUAAAAGACUCUUCUUUGUGUGUUUUAGGGGAAACUCUGGCAGCAGGUACUUCAUCACCUAAAACUGAAGGCAAGCAUGAAGAAACUGUUAAUAAAGAAUCGGAUAUGAAGGUGCCAACUGUAAGUUUGAAAGUAUCUGAAAGUGUAAUUGAUGUGAAAACAACUACGGAAAGUAUAUCUAAUAUGUCUACACAGUCUCUCACAGCAGAAACAAAGGACAUAGCUUUGGAACCUAAGGAACAAAAACAUGAAGACAGGCAGAGCAAUACACCUUCUCCUCCUGUUAGUACCUUUUCAUCGGGUACUUCUACUACCAGUGAUAUUGAAGUUUUAGAUCAUGAAAGUGUAAUAAGUGAGAGCUCAGCGAGCUCGAGACAAGAGACUACAGAUUCAAAAUCAAGUCUUCACUUGAUGCAGACAUCUUUUCAGCUUCUCUCUGCAUCUGCUUGUCCUGAAUAUAAUCGUUUAGAUGAUUUCCAAAAACUCACUGAGAGUUGCUGUUCAUCUGAUGCUUUUGAAAGAAUAGACUCAUUUAGUGUACAGUCAUUAGAUAGCCGGAGUGUAAGUGAAAUCAAUUCAGAUGAUGAAUUGUCAGGCAAGGGAUAUGCUUUAGUGCCUAUUAUAGUUAAUUCUUCAACUCCAAAGUCUAAAACAGUUGAAUCUGCUGAAGGAAAAUCUGAAGAAGUAAAUGAAACAUUAGUUAUACCCACUGAGGAAGCAGAAAUGGAAGAAAGUGGACGAAGUGCAACUCCUGUUAACUGUGAACAGCCUGAUAUACUGGUUUCUUCUACACCAAUAAAUGAAGGACAGACUGUGUUAGACAAGGUGGCUGAGCAGUGUGAACCUGCCGAAAGUCAGCCAGAAGCACUUUCUGAAAACGAAGAUGUUUGCAAGGUAACUCUAACAGUUGAAUUUCUGAAUGAAAAGCUGGAAAAAAGGGAGGCUCAGUUACUAUCUCUUAGUAAGGAAAAAGCACUUCUGGAAGAAGCUUAUGAUAACCUAAAAGAUGAAAUGUUCAGAGUGAAAGAAGAAAGCAGUAGCAUUUCUUCCUUGAAAGAUGAGUUUACUCAAAGAAUUGCAGAAGCAGAAAAGAAAGUUCAACUAGCCUGCAAAGAGAGAGAUGCUGCUAAAAAGGAAAUCAAAAACAUAAAAGAAGAACUUGCCACUAGAUUAAAUAGUAGUGAAACUGCAGACCUUUUGAAAGAGAAAGAUGAACAGAUCCGAGGGUUAAUGGAAGAAGGAGAAAAACUUUCAAAACAGCAGCUGCAUAAUUCUAACAUCAUCAAGAAAUUAAGAGCUAAAGACAAGGAGAAUGAAAAUAUGGUUGCAAAGCUGAACAAAAAAGUUAAAGAGCUAGAAGAGGAGUUGCAGCAUUUGAAACAGGUCCUUGAUGGCAAAGAAGAGGUUGAGAAACAACAUAGAGAAAACAUUAAAAAACUAAAUUCCGUGGUAGAACGCCAAGAGAAAGAUCUUGGCCAUCUUCAGGUAGACAUGGAUGAACUUGAAGAAAAGAACCGAAGUAUUCAGGCUGCCCUGGAUAGUGCAUACAAAGAACUUACUGAUCUUCACAAAGCCAAUGCUGCAAAGGAUAGUGAGGCACAGGAAGCUGCUCUGAGCCGUGAAAUGAAAGCUAAAGAAGAACUUUCUGCAGCAUUAGAGAAGGCCCAAGAAGAAGCCCGUCAGCAGCAAGAAACAUUAGCCAUUCAAGUAGGGGACCUUAGGCUUGCAUUGCAGCGUACAGAACAAGCAGCUGCCAGAAAAGAGGAUUAUUUACGCCAUGAGAUCGGUGAACUUCAGCAGAGACUCCAGGAAGCAGAGAAUCGAAACCAGGAACUGAGUCAAAGUGUUUCAUCAACAACAAGACCAUUGCUUCGACAAAUAGAAAAUUUGCAAGCAACCCUAGGAUCCCAGACAUCGUCGUGGGAGAAAUUAGAGAAGAAUCUUUCUGAUAGGCUUGGUGAAUCCCAGACCUUGCUGGCAGCAGCAGUUGAGAGAGAACGUGCAGCCACAGAAGAACUCCUUGCUAAUAAAAUUCAGAUGUCUUCCAUGGAGUCACAGAAUUCUCUCUUGAGGCAGGAAAACAGUAGAUUUCAAGCCCAGCUAGAAUCAGAGAAAAAUAGGCUAUGUAAACUGGAGGAUGAGAACAAUAGGUAUCAGGUUGAAUUAGAAAGCCUAAAAGAUGAAUAUGUAAGAACACUUGAAGAGACAAGGAAAGAAAAGACAUUGUUGAAUAGUCAGUUAGAAAUGGAAAGAAUGAAAGUUGAACAAGAAAGGAAGAAAGCCAUUUUUACUCAAGAAGCAAUAAGAGAAAAGGAACGCAAGCCAUUUUCUGUUUCUAGUACUCCCACCAUGUCACGCUCAAGUUCAAUAAGUGGUGUUGAUAUGGCAGGACUACAGACAUCUUUUCUGUCUCAGGAUGAGUCUCAUGAUCACUCAUUUGGACCAAUGUCUGUAUCAGCAAAUGGAAGCAAUCUUUAUGAUGCUGUAAGGAUGGGAGCAGGAUCAAGCAUUAUUGAAAACCUACAGUCUCAGCUAAAGCUAAGGGAAGGGGAAAUUACUCAUUUACAGCUAGAAAUUGGCAAUCUAGAAAAAACUCGAUCAAUAAUGGCUGAAGAACUAGUUAAAUUAACAAAUCAAAAUGAUGAACUUGAAGAGAAGGUGAAGGAGAUACCCAAACUUAGAACUCAGCUAAGAGAUUUGGAUCAGAGAUACAACACUAUUCUGCAGAUGUAUGGAGAAAAAGCAGAAGAGGCAGAAGAACUUCGAUUAGAUCUUGAAGAUGUAAAAAAUAUGUAUAAAACUCAAAUAGAUGAACUUUUAAGACAAAGGCUCAGUUAACUUGUGAAAAUUGAAUUCCCAUCAAACUGAAUGUAAACAUUUAAUAUCUAAACAUUUAAUGUGGACUUCCAAUAAAUUCUUUUAUAGAACUAGAAAAUGGGAUUUACUGUAGAGUGUAAAAAUUUUUUAAAAAUUGUUUUACACUAUGUAGUAAUAUUUACAGUUAAAUUAUUUUGUGCAAUAUUUGAACUUUAUUUUUGAAACUAUUCUUUAAAGAUUUAUUUUUUAAAGCAUUCAUUUUUUUUCCUUGAAUAGCACAGAGAUUUAUUACUUUAUCCUCAUAUCAAUAUGGCUAGGGAAGAAGAAUGGUGUUCAUAUAUGUAUUGUAGAUAUACAACUAGUUGUAUCUAUAAUUUGUAAGUGUUUAUAUAUAUAUUAAGAACAUUUAAAGAGUAAUGUUAACAUACUGAAACUUUGAAAUCUUUCACAUUUAAAAUUUCAACAUAUCUUAAUUACUACUCAUGAGAAUGUACAUUAAGUGUUAAAGUAAAAAAUUAUUAAAUCUGUGGUUAUUAAAUUUUAAACUAAUUUUUUUUCCUUUAAAAGUAAGAGUCACACUGACACUGUCUGAAAUUUAAAGAGUGAAUGAUUUAAACUUAAAAAAAAUUUUGGUCUGAAAAUUCAUUUCACCCAGCUUUCACAAUUAAGUCUGUAUAAAAUGUGGUACCUUUUGGUACCUAUCCAGAGAAACCUGUACAUAUUCAGUGUUAUCUAGAUGUAAUUGGAUAAUGGAGAAAAUUUAUUUAUAAUGAUUUUGCAAUGGCAUCAAUAACAUUUAAAUGAUUUUGAAGAAGUAUUAUUUUACUACCCUAUAAAAUGAAUCGAAAAUAAUAAAGUUCUUAACAUAAUUUACUCUUU